AAUAAUAAAGAUGACGUAGAAAUAAACAUAAUACUUCGUAAAAGAGUGAAAGAAGAUUUAUAAAUCAAAACGAUAGUAUUUACAAAAUGACAUAUAAUGUGACUCUUAAGAAAACUUAUCCAAUAGAUUUCUAGUUAAACCGACAUUUGGUGUGAAAUGAAAAAAUUAAGAAACCCAAGCGUCCCAUCACAUUGUACCACAUAGCGGGAAAAGUUGCCUCACUUUUUUGAGAAUGAAAAUCAAAUUGUUUAAGAGGGCAAUUUGGGAAAUAAAAAAGUUUGUUCAGUUUCCUCAACAACAGACAGCGUUCAGUAAUCUCCAAUGGGACGAAAAAGAGUUAGAGAAAGGGUUUAUGGUCCUGAUGGAAGUGCUUUUUUCAACUGUGAAAAAUGUGGAGUUUCUGUUGCUAUUUCAUUGGCUGAUAUGCAUCAUUGUGAAUCCAAUAAAAUCCAUUAUAGGAUUCUCCAACCACCACCAGCUCCUCAGUUCUUCGAUCACCCGCGUUCCCCUUACCGUAUUUUUAUGGAAAACUUUGCCAGAGGCAAAGAGAUGGAAAGUUAUCUUGAAGUUGAGAAAUUAGGGUUUGAAAUGUGGCAGAAUAUGUCUCAACAGGACAAGUUCCCAUUUGUCUCUCAUGCUAAAAUAUUGGACUGUUGUCACCGAAAAAGGUUGAAACGCGAGGCCAAUCAGAGUAUAGAGCUAUCCAAUGAUUACUCUUAUUACGUAUAUUCAAUUGUUUGUUAUGAACUGGGAAUUUUCUAUAGAAAUGCUAUAGUUUGA